CACCAACCCUGCCGGGUUCAUAGUUUUCCUCAUCAGUCAGUCAUUCUUUCAGCUCGAGCAGGGAACACAACAGCCCUGAUCAGUUUGUGCACCGGGAUUCGAAUUCUCUAAGCCCGCCAAAGCCAUAUCCGAAACGCCGCUUACCGUGCACUCGGCCAAGGAUGGACCGGUUCAGUGCAUACGUCACAAACGCGCUAUGUAUCGGAAAUUUUGGCUUAGUUGAGAGCAUUUACACCAACCUGUAUGCACGCUCAAAAUGAAGCUCAAGUAUCCUUGUUUAAAGAGGGAUAUCACAAUUCCCGCAGAAUAUGUUCCUGAAGUAGAAAGUAUUAAAGCCUGGCUGAAACAUCAGCCACAUAUACCUCCUCUGUCAGAUGAAUUUGUAUACACGUUUUUACACUGCAACUAUUACCGUCCAGAGCGGGCAAAAGACAAUAUCGAUGCUUACUUCACCGUUCGAGGUCAGUGUCCAGAGUUAUUCGACAAUAGGGACGUUAAUAAACUUCUGGAGCAGCUUGAACUCUACGAUAUGGCAAUGCUACCCCAAAGUACGAAAGAAGGCUACCAAGUUCUUUUGUAUCGAUUGAAAGACACUGAUACCUCAAAAUUUAACUUCGUGGAGGCUCUAAAAACUUUCUUCGCUUGGAACGAUGUUGUGAUCUCUGAGAGAGGCAUCAGCGAAGGCUACAUUGUUGUAUUCGAUAUGAAUGGUCUCUCUUUUGGCCACCUCGCCCGAGUCAGUGUGCAGUUACAGGCUGUGAAAAAGUUCAUGGUCUACAUUCAGAAAUGUCAUCCAGUUAGACUGAAGUCCGUCCAAGUGAUAAAUACAGCACCUUUGAUUGAUAAGAUUUUAGCAUUAGUAAAACCUUUCAUGGAAAGUGAUUUGAUCCAGAUGUUACAAUUGCAUACUUCAGUUGAUACGCUUAAAGAAACUUUCUCUCUUAGCAUACUACCGAAGGACUACGGUGGUGAGGCCCCUUCUACAAGACAACUCAGCGACCAGCUCAAAUCUCUGAUAAAAGACAGCUACGGAAAAUGGUUGAAAGAAAGCGGACAAUUAGUUGCUGUUGAAAAGAAACGAGUUGGAAAGCCAAGGAAAGAAUACAUUGGUGAAAUGGAAGGUUCUUUCAGAUCACUUUCAAUAGAUUGAUUUCAUAUCAGCAGACGACUAGGACAAGAAAACUCAGCCCACCAGGUCAGGCUUGGUACAUAUGAAGUCACCCUGAUCCGAACACAGAGCAAAGAGACUUGAUUAAACACUUUAGAGCGUGUGAUAUUAAAAAAAAAAAACGGCUUUUUUAGACUUAUACAGUUCCUGUUCCCCAAUUCUGUGGUGACAGAUUACAAAAAAAAAACAGAUUGACAAAAUUGAAUUGAGGGUGAUAGCAUCCCUAUACGUGUAAAAGAGCCUGAUUAUAAGUAUGCUCAGUAAUGCUCUUAAAACAUUAGCGUUCAGCAUAAUGUGGCAACAUGGUAGUGAGUUUGAGGGUUUAAAUAUGUUUUUAAACCUACCAACAAUAUGAAGACUGCAAUUAUAAAUUGGUGGUGGCCUGUGAGUAAGCGCCCUUCUACAUGGA